CCAACCUCUAUGCCUGAACUCAGCUUUCACAGACACACUCCCGAGGUCUGUCCAUGAUGAUGCUACCGCUCUUCUCUCCUGUGAGAGCCAUUGUGUUUUGUUUUUAAGGCAAUUCUUUGUAGUUUUACCCCUGAAACAGUUCUUGAUGGUUUUGAUAUCCGUAAACCCGCUUUUUCUUUCUCUUCCUCCCCCCCCAACCCGCCAACACCGCCAUGUCCAGAGACGCCAAGGACUCUUCUAAACCCAAAUCCGACGGCCUCCGACAACCUCAAAGGAAGGACUCCCUCUCAUCUGUCUUGUCAUGGGCUGUACUGCAGGGCAAGAUCACAGCGUCCAAACCUCCGACCUCGUCUUCCUCGUCUACCCCCUCACCCGCUCCCUCACCGGCAACUCAGCAUCACCCCGGCAACGGCACCAGACCGCGUAGACACAGCCAUAGCACCAGCAUCGACUCAAAAACGAAGGCACGUAGAGGUUCCACAGCAUUUCGAAGAUUUUCGUUUUCGUUCUCGACAACGAACCAGGAUGGGGCUAGUACUAAGACGAGACAUUCAAAGACAUCAUCCAUGACACCAGACCCGAAAGCUUCGCCGGGGACCUCCAAGGCCGGCAAGACCAGCUCCGAGAAAGUAAACAAGGCCGCCCCCGACAACCAAGAUGGCAAGCACAACCCGACUCCGCCCCGGCCGCAGAGCGCUGGAGACAAGCCAAGAUCCCCCUUAUCGCCCAUGCCCAUGCCUAAAUCUAUCCUCCGGAUUUCCAGCCCAGACGGUUACAGGCGCCCCCGCCAGUUUGUCUCCCCAGAAGCAGCAGGAGGCGAACCCGCCAGCCCCGGCCUCCCUCCCUCCCCCGCCACCCCUACCUUCGAAACCGUGCUAUCAGCCCCCGACUCACCACCUCCUCCUACGGAAUCACCGCCCGCAUCCCCCAUCCCCCGGCCCAUGUCCCCCGGCGCGACGGUGCGCUUCGCCAAGGCGACCGUCCACCGCGUCGAGGUCGGGCCCGGCCGCCGCUUCAUGCCCGUCAAGCGCAAGAGCAAGAGCACGCUGACCUACAUCUCGCCCCUCGACCCGGGCGCCCAGAAGAGCGCCCCCAAAACCAUGCUGCAGAGCCCCACCAAGCUGCGCCGCCACCAGGAGAACCAGGCCGCCAUGGGCCGCUACUGGCUCCGCACCGAGGAGGAGGAGGCCCAGUGGCGCGCCGAGGCCGAGAGGCGCGCCGUCGAGGAGGCCGAGCGCUAUCGUAACGAGCCGGCCAGUCCGGCGCCGAGACCGCCCGUGGGCGUCGUGGCCAAGGUGGAUGGGGCGGUGAGCAAGAGUGGGGGGGAGAUCGACAAGCUGCCGCUGUUGGAUGCCGGGCCGGUGGGGUUGGAUAUGGUGGAGGAGGAGGCGGCGAUGGAGACGGAAGACGAGGAUAGCGAGGACGAGGCUGGAGCGAAGUGUAAUGUGGAGGAGGACGAUACUGCGUCGGUCACCUCGAAGUCGUCGAGGAAGUCGGUCAACCUGAGGCUGAGCGCCAGCAAAACGAUGCUGCGAGCCGCUGGGGCGGCCGCAUCGACACCAACGGGCACCAAACUCACAGAAAUUAAAUCCUUCUCUGAGAGACUGGCAGAGAAGCAAGCAGAAGAAGAACGCCGAAGCCGACCAGCCUCCCCGAUGACCAUCCCCACCAACCCCGGCGCCGAGAGCUCCAAGUCGGCCCGUUCCUCCUCCAGCUCCCUCUCCAAAGAGAAGCCGGCCGCAGGUGCGGUAUCGGCCCGCUCGAGCAGCGCCAGCACCGACAGCAAUUCCAGCUCCAGCAGCGGCGGGUCGAGCUCCGGCACGGCCGACAAGCUCUCUAAAACCCUGUCGCGGGAAAAGGAGAAGGAGAAGGACAAGGCGAAGGACAGGCCAAGAACGCUCUCGUUGAGCAGUUCCAGAUCGUACAUGAACCUCCGGUCGGCAAGCGGCAGGUCGCGGGAGCUGCGCUCGGCGAACCACACCAGCAACAGUACCAGCCAUGGUAACAGCAACAACAGCAGCAACAUCAACACCAACACCAACACUAACAGUCACAGCCACAGCCAUAGCCACAGCCACAGCAGUAGCGGUGGCAGCAGUGGCAGUAGCACCAACCAUUUGCAUUUAUCAGGGCGCAGGGGCAGGCGGUAUUUUGACGACCACAAGCAGGGGAUCACGGCCUAAUUUUCUUCUCAUUUUUGAUGAUACGGAUCACUUCAUGGCGACGGCGUUCCUUGCAUUCAUUUCUUAUUUUCUCCCAUGUUCAACCCACCGGCGGCACUCUGGUCUUCCCGUUGUCUCCUCAGGCUCCUUUGAUAUGUUCUCGGCAUCUCGGUUCGGUCUAUUGCAUGGCAUGGUCUAACGGUUAUGAUUUCUGGUCUUUU